AUGUCGACCCAGACUGACAAGCGGCGAUCUUUUAGCGCCGGCCUUAACCGGGUUGGCCACAAGUGUGACAAUAACUCCAGUCACAAAGCGGCCAGAUCGAUGUCCACCUCACGACGCUCAGCCCGCUAUGACCGCCGAAGAUCAACUAUGCGGACACCGACGACGUCAUCAUCAGAUACAAUAAACUCAGGCUCUUCUUCAAGCUCUUCUUCUACCUCCCCACGCUCCUCCCUACGUUCGGCCAGAUUCACCUCUUCAAGAUCACUGCAUGGUUUUACCAGUGCAUUGGAAGAGGAGGAUGACUACUUGGAAGAGCAGGACUUGAAGCCACGAAGAGGAAAGAUUUCGGGGGAUAGAGCCAGCAGCGGGCCUCACAAUGCAAGAGGGUCGAGAAUGCCAAAAACGCCAAGGAGCAAAACAGGUUCUCAAAAGAGGCGACAAAGUAGGCUGUCAAGUGUAUCAAAAAAAAGUAUGAAUACGAGUCCACUUGAACAUCAUCGGCCACGAGGACUUUCGGUGGACACGGUUUCGACGGCUGAUGGCAAAAUGAGAAGAGAAGAACAAACAGUAACCGGUGUAAGUAAGAAAGCGCUAUACGGAAAUCUUAUUCCACUCAAUGUGCACUCUUUGUGGUACCAAACUCUUUGUUGCUGUUUCGCUUUGGCCGAGAUUGCACAUCUUUUGUUGAUUCGUGGGUUGUCAUACCUUAUUUCUCUGCUUCUAGCUGACAAGACGAAAUACCCAUCCUCCUAUACCAAAGCUAUAAUAUUCCCUGUAGAAUCAAGUGUCAUACCUUGA